AUGUCUGUUCCUCAGAACAUCGGCAUCAAAGCCAUUCAGGUCAACAUUCCUAGAAGCUAUGUUACACAGGAUGAUCUUGAAGAAACCGAAAUCUCCAUCCUCGGAGAAGAAUCACGCACAAAGAUUAAAGGUAAAUUCACAAAAGGUCUUGGUCAGACAGCUCUCUCAUUUUGCACAGACCAUGAAGAUACUGCAUCUAUUGCGAUGAGUGCUGUGCAGAAGCUCAUGGACACAUAUGGAUACAAGCCAACAGAUUUUGGGCGUCUCGAGAUCGGUUCAGAGACUGCUAUUGAUCGUUCAAAAUCAAUAAAGUCAUUCGUAAUGCAAUUAUUCGAAGAAAACCACUCUAUUAUGGGUGUCGACAAUACUAAUGCCUGUUAUGGCGGAACCGCUGCAUUUCUCAAUUCACUUGCCUGGAUUGAGUCUUCACAGUGGGAUGGCAGACUUGCUCUUGUCGUUUGCGCUGACAUUGCCGUUUAUGAUGAUAGAGCUGCCAGACCAACAGGAGGAUGCGGUGCUGUAGCAAUGGUGCUUGGUCCAGACGCCCCAAUUGUUUUCGAAAAGGGCUCGUUAACAAACUAUUUCACUCACAGCUUCGAUUUUUGGAAGCCAAAUCCGGCCAAUCCACAUCCUAAGGUUGAUGGACCACUCUCCUUGACACUUUACUACGAAUGCCUCGAGAAUUGCUACAUGCAAUUCCGUACACGCCAUCCUGGAACAACACUCGAUAAAUUUGAUUACGUUGUAUUCCACACACCGUUCCAGAACCAUAUCAAGAAGUGCACAGGUCGUCUUAACUUCCUUGAUCAGCAUCAAGAUAACAAUGAUCCUGAAAUUAUUAAGACAAGAUCUGAACAUCAGACAGUUUCACAACAAUCCCAUGAUGCAGCACAAAUUUUCAAGGAUAAAGUACAACCUGCAUCAUUAAUGUCCGCAAUGUGCGGCAAUGGAUACACUGCAUCUCUUUACAUGGCUUUGUCUUCAUUAAUAUUCAACCGCGAUCUUACAGGAAAGAGAUUGAUGAUGUUUAGCUACGGUAGUGGUGCAGCAUCUUCAAUGUAUGUCCUCAAUGUUGUUGGUGAUAUUAAAUUUAUGAAAGAUGCAUUGAAUCUCGAAGAAAGACUUGCAAACAGAGUUCAGAGAAAGGUAUCUGAUUAUGACCACGACAUCAAACUCGCUGAUCAACUCUACAGAACUGCACCUUAUGAACCAUCAUGCAGCCUCGAUCUUAUUGAAAGCGGCGCAUGGUACCUUGAGAAGAUUGAUGAUAACUGGAGACGCAUUUAUAAGAGAAAAGAAUAA